CCCUGUGAACACAAACCCGCUAAAGUUAAGUCAAAUUGACAGUCAGGAGUAAUCAUCGCAUGGUAGUUAACUAAUGCCUUUUUCUUGAAUUACGGGGCGGUGACCGUGGUCGAAGCAAAAUAUGAUUGGUUGACUAAUGGCUCGUGUGCCCGAGUUCAUAGCUGUGGGCAGCCAUGUGUCAGGAGUAUACAUUUCAGUAUGUUAUAGUAGUAGCAGCACUGGCAUCUGUGUUUAUUGUCCUGCUUUAGCCACAGCACCCCAGAUUUAAUACAGCAAGAUGAGUAGUGAAUCUGAUGCAAACAAAGAGUUUAUGGAGCAGCUGCGGAUGCAGGAACUCUACGACCGCAGAAAUGAAGAUGGCUCAGACCCCUACACCUACACUGACCCAGUGGAUGGGACAGUUUAUGACUGGGACCAUGAGAAGAAGGCCUGGUUCCCUAAAGUAACAGAAGACUUCAUCGCAGCCUACCAGGCCAACUAUGGCUUCACUCAGGACGGAGAACCAGAUGCAAACAAAGCUGCAGUGAGCAGUACCAACGCAGCAGCGCCCGAACCAGACAGCAAGUCUUCAGAAGAGAAGAAACCAGAAGAUCCCACCCAGAAUCUGAAUCCAGAACAGCACAAGACCCCAUCUAAAGAAGCCAAGCAGAAGGGGGAGAAGAGGAAAGCAGAGCCAGGUUGGUUUGAUAUUGAUGACAACAAAAACACAAAUGUCUAUGUGUCAGGCUUGCCCCCUGAUAUCAGCACUGAAGAGUUUGCUGAAAUGAUGACCAAGUGUGGCAUUGUGAUGCGAGACCCCAGCACUGAUGAGUACAAGGUGAAACUCUACAAGGAUAAGGAAGGAAAUCUUAAGGGAGAUGGCCUCUGCUGCUAUCUCAAGAAGGAGUCUGUAGCACUGGCUAUGCGUCUGAUUGAUGAGACAGAGAUUAGAGGUUACAAGCUCCACGUGGAAGCUGCACGGUUUGAGCUGAAGGGUCAGUAUGAUGCCAGCAAGAAGAGGAAGAAGAACAAAGAUUAUAAGAAGAAGAUGCACCAGCAACAGAAACAAUUGGACUGGAGGCCAGAGAAGCAAGGGGAAGUGAGGAAGAGGCAUGAAAAAGUUGUCAUCAUCAGAAACAUGUUCCAUCCCAGUGACUUUGAGGAAGACCCCCUGGUGUUGAAUGAGUAUCGUGAAGAUCUGCGGACAGAAUGUGAGAAGUUCGGGGAGGUCAAGAAAGUAAUCCUCUUUGAUAGACACCCGGACGGCGUGGCAUCAGUCGCAUUCAAAGAGCCUGAGCAAGCCGAUGCAUGUGUUUUGUCGUUCAAUGGUCGCUGGUUUGGAGGAAGGCAGCUGUCUGCUGAGCUUUGGGAUGGAAUGACAGACCAUCAGGUGGAAGAAACAACACGCGAACGAGAGGAACGGCUGAAGGGUUGGUCGACUUUCCUGGAGGGAGGUGAUCAAGCCCAACAGAGCAACACUGCCACCAAACCAGAAAAGAGCGGCACUGCCACAGAACCCACAGAUCUCUCCAUCACCACAAAAACCAAACAGCAUCCAGAAACAGUAUCACAGCCCGCGCAGCAACAGGAACAGGACGUGGACUCGACAGACAGCAGCUUGGCCGGAAGUGACGAUGAGGAAGCCUAGACAGUCAGAUGCACAUCUUUUGUCCCCAUGGCAACCAACAGGAACAACCAAUGAGGACAAGCAUGGUUGAAGAUGAACUGCUGCAAAGCGCUGUGUUGGGCAGGGGAGGAGGAGGAGUCCGGACACUUUCAGCGGUUUUCUAAAUGUAGAAAAAUUAAAAGAUUUUGUCCCCCUUAUUUUCAUCAUUAUAGUUUACCCUGUCAUUAGACUUUAACUGACAUGUUGUGAUUCCCUUAAAUACACAGCUUUUCUGAAAACAGUUGAAUUGCUAGCAGUUUGGCCUGAUUUGUUCUUUAGAGUUUUUUAAAAGUCAAAUAUAUGCAGCUAAAUAUACAUUUAUUUUAUCUCCCCACCAGAUCAAGCAUCAUUAUGCUUUUGUUUUGCAGUUCAUAGUGACAUGUUGCUGUUGUCUAAGAUCUUUUCUCUUUAGGCAGUUAGGGUUUUUGAUGCCUUUUAUCAAGCAGCUGAAUACAUUUAAGGGAACUGCAGAAUACACAGCUAAGAAAUAACAUCAAACAGGACUGCUCAUUGUACAACUUUGUCCAAACUGCUGAAAUAUGUAGAGGUAUCAAAAGGGACAGUGGUUAGCUCAAUUUAAAUCAUAAAGCAACAUUUACAAAUGUAUGCAAUUUCAGGGGGAAUACAGUUAAUAAACUGUCAAAAUUCACCACCAGUUUUCAUCAAUAUCCAGCUUCAAAAUAAGCUCAAGUUUUAACACAGACAUUUAAGGAAUGCUUUUCAUUUCCUUUCUAUGAUUUUCACUAAGGAAAGAGCAGCAUAUUAACAUCUUCGCUUAUCAAUUAGGUUAAAACAUGAACGACCAUGCAGCAUUUUAUACAAGAUGGCUCUUCAGACAAUUACCAGUUAACUUUAAUCUGCACUAAAUGGAAAACAUGCUGUUGCUAGUGUGUGUACCAUCCAUGACUCUGGAGCAUAGACGGAUCUGGACAAACAUCCUGAGACACCCACAUAAAAAAAUAGAAGUAGUCAGUAGGAUAUUGUGCUUAGAGCCACGAUGGAAGGACAAAACUUUUUAUGGUAUGCCUAUUUCCAUGUUAGUGUUGCAGAUGAUUAAUUCAUUAGUUUAAUUAACUGGAAAUUAUAAAAUGCUUUUUUCAUUACCUCAUUAUUUAAUUUGUUAUAUGUUACAUUUUAUAGGCAAAUUAAUCAAUAAAAUGAAAACAUUUUAAAAAGAUGAAAAUAAUGAGCUGCUGCCCUAAUAUCCAGUAUCUGGAUCUCUGAGGGGGCUGACCAGCAUUGACUGCCAAGCGACAUAGGCACGAUUGUUUUUACAA